GAUAUCUCUCAUCGCAUUGUGUGCAAAAGGCAUUAGAUACAAAGUGUCAAAAAUGCAAGCAAUGCGAAUAAAUCCCAUGACAAAGAAAUCUUUGGUUCUGAUUGGUCAAUGAAAGCUACUCUAUCCAUCGAAUAAGAUUUUGGAACGCAGCCUAGAAGGAAAAAAAGAUUUCUAACCAAGAAUAAUAUUAGCUAUCGGCGUGGGAGACGAGCCUUGGGCUGUUCACAGCCAUAAUUGAGAAGGAGAGGAAGAACUAAGAGUGACAGACGUAUAUGGUUAGAGAGAAAAAUCGUUGUAAAUUGAUGAAUAUAAAUCUUCUAAAGUAUUAAAACGAAAAGAAGCUAAAGAAAUAAAAUCAUAAGAAAUCACCAAGAAGAAUAAAAAAUGACAAGAGUGCCAGAUCAAGAAUUGAAGCAAGCUUUCUCAAAGCUGCAGGAGAAAAUGGUAGAUACCUCGCAGAAGUUAAAAUUGGCCGAUAUACAAAUUGACAAAUUGAAACGUACAAAACAACGAGCGGAACUCACUAUGAAAGAAAUUAACUGCCUUCCUGAAAAUACAAGGAUAUAUGAAUCUGUUGGUCGGAUGUUUCUUCUAGAUGACAUAAGCAGCAUCAAGAUCAUGUUGGACAAUAGAAUGAAAACAUCAGAUGAGAAGGUCAAGAAGUUAGAAAAUAACAAAACAUAUUUACAACGAAGUUUGAAGGAAAGUGAAGACGACAUAAGAGAAAUGAUACAGCAAAGACAAAACAAAGAAACAUCUGGUUAAAUAUUUGUACAAUUACAUAUUAAACGCAAGCUUAAUUCUCCAUUCAAUCUGCCUGCUUUAAUUGUUAUUCACAUUAAAUAUCUAAAGUUACAUAUUUAUGCAAAACUUGUAUACUCAUAAAUGUGAUCACAUUUUCCAUGUUCAUACAAUUUUGUAGUGACACACAUUUUCUUCUUGUAUCAUAUAUUUCAAAUAAAAUUCUUCAAUGACUCACUUGAAUAA